AUGUACACCACAUCAUUUGCCUUUUUUGAGGCCCUGUGGGAUGCCGGCGUCUCCCACUGCUUUGUCAAUCUGGGCUCGGACCAUCCCAGCAUCAUCGAGGCAAUGGUCAAGGGCCAAAGGGAGCGGAAAGGAAAAUUUCCCCGCUUCAUCACUUGUCCUAACGAGAUGGUCGCUAUGUCCAUGGCAGAUGGAUAUGCCCGUCUGACCGGCAAGCCACAGUGCGUGAUUGUGCACGUGGACGUCGGGACGCAGGGACUCGGUGCUGCCGUGCACAAUUCCAGCACUGGACGUGCACCUGUGCUGGUGUUUGCUGGGCUUAGUCCGUUCACCCUGGACGGCGAGCUGCGUGGCACGCGCACAGAAUACAUCCACUGGAUCCAAGAUGUGCCUGACCAAAAGCAGAUCAUCGGUCAGUACUGCCGCUAUACUGCCGAGCUGAAGACUGGCCGCAACGUGAAGCAGAUGGUCAACCGCGCCUUGUCUUUUGCACGUUCCGCACCGGCUGGACCGGUGUAUCUCUGCGGCGCACGCGAAGUCAUGGAGGAGGAGAUUCAGCCGUACGAACUGAACCAGGACCACUGGAAGCCAGUUCAGCUUGGCGGAUUGCCGGAAUCAUCUGUGGAGGACAUUGCUGAGGCACUGUCCAAAGCCAAGGAGCCGCUUAUCAUCACUGGCUACUCUGGACGCAAUCAAGCUACGGCACCAGCUCUGGUCAAGUUGGCAGACGCAGUGCCGAAACUACGCGUAUUGGACACGGGUGGCAGUGACAUGUGCUUCCCAGCGAAUCAUCCGGCGUGGCUGGGCCUCCGAUUCGGAAAUCACGACGCUAUUCGCACAGCCGACGUCAUACUUGUGCUUGAUUGUGACGUGCCCUGGAUCCCAACCCAGUGCUCUCCACCUACGGAUGCCCGUGUUUUCCACAUCGACUGUGAUCCUCUGAAGAGGAUGAUGCCAGUGUUCUACAUUGCAGCCGAGCAGCGGAUAUUGGCCGACUCACUGGCUUCUAUCGAGCAGAUCAGCGCCUAUCUGGAGAAGUCGGGCCCGAAAGUCGAUGCGGAAGCGAAAGAAGCUCGGGUCCAAGCCCACAAGGCGCUCCUGGCGUCUUAUGAAAGUAAGGCGAAGCCGCUUGCGGACGGUGGAUUUGGUGUUGGGCACUUGACUCGCGUCCUGCGAGACACAUGCCCUACCGAUACGAUCUGGGCCAUUGAAGCAGUCACCAGCACUGGAUUUGUGCACGAUAAUCUGCAGCCCAGCCUCCCAGGACAGUGGAUCAACUGUGGUGGAGGUGGUUUGGGCUGGUCUGGUGGCGGUGCUUUGGGCAUCAAGCUGGCCACGGAUUAUGAGAACGGCGGACCGGGCAAGGGCAAGUUUGUUUGCCAGAUUGUUGGCGACGGAACCUUUCUCUUUUCGGUGCCAGGAAGCGUGUACUGGAUUUCUCGGCGCUACAACAUCCCCGUUUUGACGAUUGUGCUGAACAACAAGGGUUGGAAUGCACCGCGACGGUCUCUUUUGCUCGUCCAUCCAGAUGGCCUGGGAGCCGGGGCGAGCAACGAAGAGAUUAAUAUUUCAUUUGAUCCAUCGCCAGACUACUCUGGCAUAGCCAAGGCUGCCGCUGGAGGCAACUUGUUCACUGCACGAGUAGAUCAGACAAGCGAGCUCCAGGCCGUCCUGAAGCAGGCUGUGGACUCUGUACUGAGUGGCCAAAGUGCAGUUAUCGACAUCAAGAUUGAUCGCGAUGGGUUACUGCUGGCUGGGAUGGCGAUCAGAUAUUGGAAGGAGGAGGACGUAGAGCCGUGGUCAGCUCUUGACUGGGAAACCAUCAAAUCGUUUCUCUGGAUUGGUUACGAUAUCUGCUGGGCCAAGAGUCUGCAGCAAGGAAAUGAGUACAUCACCAAGGGCAUCCAGAAAGACGCUCUUGAAGACGUUACUAUCAUCUACGAAUUUCUUCCACAACUAAUCUGGACCCUGAUGCAAGAAAAAAAGAUCACCGUAACAGAGGAAGCGCCACACCUUCGACCACCAGAGUUCGGCGAAGUCCACAGAAAUUUGUUCCUAUGCCUCGCAAGCUACAGCAGGAAGCUCGACCAGAGCUACCCCGAAAGGAUGGAGGCUUGGCAGCAGGUCGACAGAUGUCUGCAGAGAAACGGAUUCGACAAGCUGGAAAACCAGAAAACAAUAUGCGAGGCCGUUUACAAUCGCUUAGCCGGAUUCAUCAAAGCGCGAGAUGGCUUUAAUGCCAUGAUUCUUACAAAGGCCUAUAUGGAUGUGGAUCAUCGUGCUGAGAAUGGGGGCUUUGCUAAAAACAACUGCAGAAGCAUCCCUGCCUCUGAAGUUUCACCGCAGAUGUGGCUGGUGAACUUUGGGUCAAACGACACAGAGGCAACGCGAUCCAAGAAAGCGCAAUGCGGUGUCAGGGUUAUCUUCCUGAUGGCAGCUGGGGAGACGCCUCGCAAGUCACUACCACAAUGGUCUCAGUUUGGAACUCCGUACUACUUGAUCAAGGGAACGACAGUGAAGUUGCUGAAGCCAGUUGAGACUGGAGGUAUGGUCUCAUUUCAGUCUUCCUACUGGGAAUGGAAUACAUCGCGCAGUGUUAGCGACAACACAACACUCAACCUUCACAACAAUGCAGGCGAUUUUUUGCUUCACAUAUCACUGCGCCAGUCAAGGAAUACUGUCGUGCUCAAUAGCCGGCAUGUCGACGGAAACUGGGGACCCGACGAGGUUUUCCAGUUGAGAGACACCUUUGUUGGGUCAAACUACAGCAUUUCCGUUCGCAUUCAUUACGACGGCUACGAACUCCUCUUCAGUUACCAGCCCGCUGCAUACUACAAACGAAGAAUUGCGGGAGUCGUGUCUUCUGUCUCGUACAACGCGAAUACCGCCAACUAUUCGCCGCUCUCGGAGGCACUGAUAGUUUCAGUUUUCGACUCUAUAGAACAGUUGACCCAGACCAACCAGCUUGCCAACUGUGAAACCCCGGGAGACUCCUACGGAAGACCGAACGCGCGUACCAUAACGACACGGCCUGCGUUUAAACGUGGUGCCAGUUUUGCAGCGACGCCUGGGAAGAUGACGAAGGACAAUCUCGAUAAGAGUACUGUCACGGCCAAGGAUCACGCUUUCAUUCUCGAGAACCAGUUGACUGUCACAUACGGCCAAAUCAGCAGUCUCGCGGGAGACUUCUACGGAACCCACGAGCCCAUCAGCGAUGGCUUUAGCGACGAGGACCAAGCCGACCGCUUCGUCAAAGCAUACAAUACGCUCGCUUCCCGCUAUGCAGGCCAGCCAGCAGAAGCCAUCGAGAUCCUCAAGAUCAUGAAGAAGGAGAUCAGCGCUGUCAACGAUGCCAUUGCUAACCACGAGAAUCCAUCCGAAGCGUACAGCAGUCUUCCUGACGAGACCUGGGCCUAUGAGAAGCUGACGAUGUUUCGUCGGGGACAGCCGAGCUAUCUUGGGCUAGCCUGGCGCAACUGGGACCAUUUCGGCGAAGAUGCUCGAACAGCGUAUAACGCCGGCCAUUCGAAAGCUCUCGAGGUGGCUAUCGCUGGGGACCUUGAGAAGGCAUAUGCUAUGAACGCCUUUGCCGAUCACUUCUUGGAAGACUUGUUUUCGGCAGGUCACCUCAGAACUCCACGUCGUUUGUUGCAUUCAGACAAAGUGUCCAUACCGGACUAUUGUGCCAAACUCAUGUACGACGAAGACAAUGCCAUCGGUCUCUCCGUCACCAACCCCAACGGUGAGACAUGGACUGCUUAUGGCGAUAAAUCCGGCCUCGACCCAGAGAACGACGAGAACAAAAGGCGCUGCGUGAAGGCGCUGCAGACGUCCGCUAACGAGGUCUACAUGGCUUGGAAGAAAAAGAAACAACCCAGCAGAUACAGCUACGGAGCAUGGGCGCACGCACCAACUCUGGAAUCCGCACAAGGAGAACAAGCCCUGGCGCCGCUUAUACGCGAUGGGAAGAGGCGCGCUGCAAUACGGAAGCGAGGGGCCUGGUCGUUUACCGAAAGCUGGACGUGUGCUGGAACGGCUCUCGAGUGCGCCAACAGCGGCUGGUGGAGCUACCCCAUCACCAUUGACGGUACGUCGGGGCCCCUGCGUGGAACUGACAUCGCCGUCACUGCGACAGACUCAAUGAAAUGCAAGGUCUACUACCAAGAUGCUCAAGGGGUAAUUUGCGAGUACGUCAACGACAGCGGCUGGUCGGUCACAACUUCGCCGACGUUCAGCGCCAAAAUGUUCAGUCCUCUGGCUGUCGUCAGCUUUGAUUUGGGCAAGCAGGAGUACUGCUAUAACGCCGCAUCUUGGGUGAAGGGUGCCGUACUCCCGCUCGCUCACACGGGGACCAGUCUGGCCGCCAGCAUCACGGAAUUUAGGUGGAAUGGAGAGUGGACGUCGGACGGCACAGUCCUCGAGCCCCUAGAAAUCGGGAGGUGUACCGCGGCCUUCCAGUGGGAUGGUGGAAGCUGUAUACGGUUUUAUUAUCAAGGCGAUGAUGACGGGCUGUGGGAGCAGUGCCAGAAUCAAGACGGGCCGUGGUUUACGGGAGCUUUCAACAACGCUACAGGUGGUCGUAGGGGAGUGGACAAGGCUCGCAGGACGAUCCAAUAUACUGCUGAUGAAAAUGCCGAGAGAAACUGA